GGUAGGCAGAGGUGCACAUUAUGCCACUGAACAAUGUAACAUCCACUUUUAACUAUUUAUGUUACGAGUCCUAUGUAACAGGCCUAUUGCCAGGGCCGGAUUUAGGAGGGGGGCAACCGGGGCGAAAGCCCCGGGGCCUCCACAAGCAGGGGGCCUCCACAAUAGAGAUCGAGCGUCCUCGAUCGUUUUCGAGCGUCCUCGAUCGUUUUCGAGCAUCCUCGAUUGUUUUCGAGCGUCCUCGAAAUCUAUCGAGAGUCCUCGAUCGUUUUCGAGCAUCCUCGAUUGAUUUCGAGCGUCCUCGAAAUCUAUCGGGCGUCCUCGAAAUCUAUCGAGAGUCCUCGAUCGUUUUCGAGCGUCCUCGAAAUCUAUCGAGCGUCCUCGAAAUCUAUCGGGCGUCCUCGAAAUCUAUCGAGAGUCCUCGAUCGUUUUCGAGCGUCCUCGAAAUCUAUCGGGCGUCCUCGAAAUCAAUCGAGCGUCCUCGAAAUCUUUCGAGCGUCCUCGAAAUCUUUCGAGCGUCCUCGAAAUUAAUCGAGCGUCCUCGAUUGUUUUCGAGCGUCCUCGAAAUCUAUCAAGAGUUCUCGAUCGUUUUCGAGCGUCCUCGAUCGUUUUCGAGCGUCCUCGAUCGUUUUCGAGCAUCCUCGAUUGUUUUCGAGCAUCCUCGAUUGUUUUCGAGCGUCCUCGAAAUCUAUCGAGCGUCCUCGAAAUCUAUCGAGAGUCCUCGAUCGUUUUCGAGCGUCCUCGAAAUCUAUCAAGAGUUCUCGAUCGUUUUCGAGCGUCCUCGACCGUUUUCGAGCGUCCUCGAUCGUUUUCGAGCGUCCUCGAUCGUUUUCGAGCAUCCUCGAUUGUUUUCGAGCGUCCUCGAAAUCUAUCGAGAGUUCUCGAUCGUUUUCGAGCGUCCUCGAUCGUUUUCGAGCGUCCUCGAUUGUUUUCGAGCGUCCUCGAAAUCUAUCGAGAGUCCUCGAUCGUUUUCGAGCGUCCUCGAAAUCUAUCGGGCGUCCUCGAAAUCUAUCGAGCGUCCUCGAAAUCAAUCGAGCGUCCUCGAUCGUUUUCUAGCGUCCUCCAUUGUUUUCGAGCGUUCUCGAAAUCUAUCGAGAGUCCUCGAUCGUUUUCGAGCGUCCUCGAUUGUUUUCGAGCGUCCUCGAAAUCUAUCGAGAGUCCUCGAUCGUUUUCGAGCGUCCUCGAAAUCUAUCGGGCGUCCUCGAAAUCUAUCGAGCGUCCUCGAAAUCAAUCGAGCGUCCUCGAUUGUUUUCGAGCGUCCUCGAAAUCUAUCGAGAGUCCUCGAUCGUUUUCGAGCGUCCUCGAAAUCUAUCGGGCGUCCUCGAAAUCUAUCGAGCGUCCUCGAUUGUUUUCGAGCGUCCUCGAAAUCUAUCGAGAGUUCUCGAUCGUUUUCGAGCGUCCUCGAAAUCAAGCGAGCGUCCUCGAUCUUAAUCUGGAAAAUAAUUUGGGGCAAGGGGGCCUCCACUCCUUUGUUGCCCCGAGGCCUCUGGACCCCUAAAUCCGGCCCUGGCCAAAUGUUAGCAUCUCUGGAGGUACGACGUCCUAAAGUUAUUUCAAUCUAA